AUGGAAUAUUGGAGAAGAUUAGAGAGGGUGAUUAACUGCCCAAAACUGCCUUCUUUCAAAUUUCUUAUGUUCCUUUCGUCUCUCUUGGUGAUUUCGUUGCUUAGCCUUAGCAGUGGCAAUGAAGCAGCACCCACUUACAACUAUCACUUUUGCUCAGGGGAAGACUUCACGGCCAACAGCACCUUCCAAUCCAAUCUCGACCUCGUUCUCUCUUCUCUUUCCUCUAACGCCACCCUCGUCACUGGGUUCUCCCAUGCCUCCGCCGGAGUGCUCGCCGGCAUCUUUUUGUGCCGUGGCGACAUCAACGCCACCGUCUGUCAAGACUGCGUUGCCAGCGGAGCCAAAGAGAUAUUACAACGCUGCAUCUUACAGACAGCGGCUAUAAUAUGGUACGAAGAGUGCAUGGUACGUUACUCCGGCCUCCAGAUCUUGACCACCAUGGACGAAGGGCCCGACAAAAACAUGGGGAGCCAGCUGACUAUGCCAGAGGCAGAGAAAGACCAGUUCAACGAGUUGUUGGGCAGGACAAUGGUUUCGUUGGCGACCCUUGCGUCCAAUUCUUCGACGGGAAAGAAGUUUGCGACGGAGGAAGUGAAAUUCAACAGUUCACUGUUGGGGUCACAGACGCUGUACAGCCUCGUGCAGUGCACGCCAGACCUGACUGUUUCCGAUUGCAAUAAAUGUAUCCGAGGCGCCAGAUUGCAACUUCCUACGUGCUGUGAUGGAAAACAAGGCGGAUGGGUUCUGCGACCAAGUUGUAUUCUUAGAUAUGGAUUGAACAAAUUUUACAACUCCGCAGCUGCUUCGGAGCCUGCAUUUCCUUCUCUUGCUCCAGGAGGAAGCAAAACGUCGCUGCUGAAAAUUGUUGCCAUUGUUAUCCCAAUUGCUUUCUCUGUGGUUCUUUUCUUCAUUGCCUAUUGCUUCCUUCGGAGGAGAGCAAGGAAGAAAUGCAACACUUUAUCCGAAGAAAAUGCUGGAGUUGAAAUUACAACCAUAGAAUCCUUGCAAUUUGAUUUGGAUACGAUUGAUGCUGCCACGGACAAGUUCUCAGAUGAUAACAAGAUUGGUGAAGGAGGAUUUGGCAUGGUUUAUAAGGGUACCUUUUCUGAUGGACAACAAAUAGCUGUGAAGAGGCUAUCCAAAAAAUACGGACAGGGUGCAGUAGAAUUCAAGAAUGAGGUUGUAUUGAUAGCCAAACUUAAUCACAGAAAUCUAGUGAGGCUGCUAGGAUUUUGCGAGGAAGGAGAUGAGAAGUUACUUAUCUAUGAAUAUGUGCCCAACAAAAGCCUUGAUUACUUUCUAUUUGAUCCUGCAAACCAAAGACAAUUAGAUUGGUCAGGACGUUACAAGAUUAUUGGAGGAAUAGCUCAAGGAAUUCUUUAUCUUCAUGAAGAUUCUCGGAUUAGAAUUAUCCAUCGUGAUCUGAAAGUUAGCAAUAUUUUGUUAGAUGACAAUAUGAAUGCAAAGAUUUCAGAUUUUGGCUUGGCAAGGAUAUUUGUAGUGGAUCAAACACAAGGAAAUACAAGUCAAAUUGUUGGAACAUUUGGUUAUAUGCCUCCAGAAUAUGUUAUACAUGGCCGAUAUUCGGUAAAGUCUGAUGUUUUUAGCUUUGGAGUCUUACUACUAGAGAUUAUAAGUGGGAAGAAGAAUAGCUGUUUCUAUAAAUCAGAACUUGACGAGGACCUGCUGAGUUAUGCUUGGAAACAAUGGAGGAGUGGGACACCCAUGGAGUUGUUGGAUCCCACAGUGAGACAUUCUUGCUCAAGAAAUGAGGUUACUAGGUGCAUCCAAAUGGGCUUAUUAUGUGUUCAGGAAGAUCCGGCUAACCGACCUACAAUGGCGUCAAUAGUUCUCAUGCUUAACAGUUACUCUGUUACGCUACCAUCACCUAUGCAGCCACCAUUUUUAGAUCGAAGUAGAGAAAAGCUGAACAAAGCAGUGGAGCUGGAGUCUUUUUAUGAGGCAUCAGUUACUGAAGUUGACCCUCGAUAGUUUGCUCAUCUUCUCCGAA